GAGCAGGGUCGUGCCGGGAGGCGGUGGAACCGCAACGGGGAGCGGAGCGAGCCCUUUUCGGCGGCGAAGCCGGGGCCCGACGGACCGGGCAGCGUCUCCAUGUCUGUCUUCACAAGAACCAGCAGUCAUCCUAACACCACUGGCCCCAUUCACUGUGGGGCAGACAACACUACAGAGCCUGCCCUGCCACACCCACAUGCCUACUAUGCCCUCUGCUACUGCAUCUUGAUUUUGGCUGUCGUUUUUGGGAACGUGCUGGUCUGCAUAGCUGUGCUGAGGGAACGCACCUUGCAAACCACAACAAACUACCUUGUGGUAAGCCUGGCAGUGGCAGACCUGCUGCUGGCCACUUUCGUGAUGCCAUGGGUGGUGUACCUGGAGGUGACCGGAGGAGUUUGGACCUUCAGCCGCAUCUACUGCGAUAUCUUCGUCACCAUGGACGUAAUGAUGUGCACAGCCAGCAUUUUAAACCUCUGUGCUAUCAGCAUUGACAGAUACACGGCAGUGGUGAAACCAGUUCAGUACCAGUACAGCACUGGGCAGAGCUCCUGCAGGAGGGUCUCUCUCAUGAUUGUGAUAGUCUGGAUGCUGGCAUUUGCAGUCUCGUGCCCUCUCCUCUUUGGCUUCAAUACUACAGUGGAUCCCAGUGUCUGUUCCAUAUCCAACCCUAGUUUUAUUAUCUACUCCUCUUUGGUGUCCUUCUACCUCCCUUUCAUGGUGACCCUGCUGCUCUAUGUGCGGAUUUACCUGGUGCUAAGACAAAGACAAAAGAAGCGAACUCUCACCCGGCAGGGCAGCCACAGCACCAGCACCACACCGUGUUUUGCACACAAAGAACACACAGAAAGAAAAGAUUUCCCUAACAGAUGCCAAGGCACUUUUUCUACCUGUCUCCCACUCCAAUGCUCGAGCCAGGAGAUGCCUACCAAAAGGAAGUUGCUGACUGUCUUCAGCCUGCAGCGGUAUUGCAGCUUCUGCCAUGAGGCAUCCCUCACCAAGACACCAGGGACUACACAACACAGCAGGCUGGAAGAGAAGAGAAAGCCAGUACUGGAGGUACAGAGGCUCAGCAAUGGCAAAACCAUCAGCUCUUUGAAGCUAGCGCACCAGCAGCCCCGGAUGAUCCAGCUUCGGGAGAGGAAGGCUACCCAGAUGCUGGCUAUUGUCCUGGGAGCGUUCAUAGUCUGCUGGCUGCCCUUCUUCUUGAUUCACAUCCUCAAUGCCCACUGCCCAUCCUGCCAUGUGCCCCCAGGGCUUUACAGUGCCAGCACCUGGCUUGGCUACAUGAACAGCGCCCUCAACCCCAUCAUCUACACAACCUUCAACACCGACUUCCGCAAAGCCUUCCUCAAGAUUCUCUGCUGCUGAUGGUGGGGCUGGCACCGACCUGUGGUUGGCAGAGGACUCUUGGGUUGGGAACAAGACAUGGGAUCCUUCCCUCCCUCUGCUUUAUGCACUAUGAGGAAUGAUAUGCUCCCCUCAGCUGUGAGCAGUGAUGGCCAGCAUGACAUGGUCAUUACUAGGCAUCCUCUGCACCAGAAUGACGAGCAGGAAGAUGCCCCACCUGCAUGGCUGGCUUCCCACACCAAGCCUCAAUGCUCCUACUUAAGAAAGUACAAAAGCUUCUGGGGAGGAAGGAGAAGAUGACGACAUGGAGGCAAACCAAUGAGUUUCUUAGCAGCAGUGCUGAGAGGCAGUGGAAGAUCAACAACUGCAGUGUGCUGCUCCAGGGAGCUGCCAGGCAGGCAGAGCGCACAGGACCCAAGCAGACAACAUCUCUCAUGCUGUCUCAAAUCUGUUCCUCUGCCUAUGUGCUGGGAAUGCAUUUGCCCUCCCACUGCUGGAGCCUCAGCCUGCAGAAGGCAUCCAGCUCACACACAGCUGCCCCAGUAAGAGAGCUGAGCAUCGUCUCUUUGAUAAGGAUCCUGAUCCUUUCAAUCAAGAGGCAAACGCAAACACUCGGCAAGAGAACUUAGAAAGAGAGCACUGAUGGGGAAAUUGCAACGUCCCUCUUGUCUCCAUCAGAAAAGUUUGCCUAUAAAACUGGGUCAGUCUCAGUGCUUGAGAAAAUCGCCCCAGUUGCAAGUGGAACCUUUCCCUGUGCUGCCAGCUUGUAAUUUAUUGCUCCUCGCAAGGUAGAGAGGGGACUACCACGCCUCUGGUAGGUCAGAUUGCAUCAGAACUGCAACUUGUCACAGCGUUCCCUCUCCUCCUAACCCAAGGACCAACAGCUGAUUGGCCACUUCUUAACUACCCACAUCUGGUCAUCUCCUGGAGCAACUAAAUAAUGAAUAAAGC